AAAAAUAAUUUCAUUUGUUCCGAUUCUCAACUUCCAAACCACACACUUUCUCCCCCUCUCUCUCUCUCUGUCCACAAUCAUACUUCCCACAUUUCUAAAACCCCACCACUCCCAAAAAUGCUAAAACUCCUCAACAAAAACCUCCGCCUUCUCUACAACCGUCUCCGGUGGUCCUCCCGCCGUCACUCCAACCCCAAAAUCGUCAUCAAAAAAUUCGGAAAACCCGCCUUUAAUCCCUUCCAAGUCGACCCCGAACUCAACCAAUAUCAACAUCAUAAUCAUCAUAUUGGUAACAAUAAUGAUCAAAUUAAGUUAAAACCACUGAACCCAAACCACGCGGCUGUGUACCCGAACACUCAAAUGCCCGCCACCCAAAAACCCAUCCGAAUUGCUACAUUCAAUGCUGCCCUCUUUUCAAUGGCACCGGCAGUCGUACCAAAUUCCGACGAAUUUUCCACAUUUCAAAAACCUCCUAAUCACAACAACAACAACAACAACAACUUCAAGGCGAAAUCGUUAAACGAUCGGCCCAAAGGCAUCCUCAAGCAAUCGCCUCUACACCCAAUAAGUUCAAAAACUAACAUUAACAACAACAAUCCUACCGAUUCUUUAACAAAGCAGCAGAAAUUCGCAAAGUCGAGAUUAAGGGUAUCGAUCAACCUACCGGAUAAUGAAAUAUCGCUCGGAAGAAGCCGAAGAAUCGGGUUUCUCGACGAGGGGAAAACUUCCACAAGGCGGUUAUCAUCGGAGAAAAUUGAUUGGUUAAGUAAUGAUAGUAUCAGUGACAGAGGAGCGAGGUUUCUGAGGAGUAAUCGAGCGAUUGUUGAUGUGUUGAGAGACCUUGAUGCGGAUAUACUAGCCUUACAAGAUGUUAAAGCGGAGGAGGAGAGAGAAAUGAAGCCAUUGUCGGAUUUGGCAGCUGCUUUGGGGAUGAAUUAUGUGUUUGCUGAGAGUUGGGCGCCUGAAUAUGGAAAUGCUGUGCUUUCUAAAUGGCCUAUUAAGAACUGGAAAGUUCAGAAGAUCUUUGAUGAUACUGAUUUCAGGAAUGUGCUGAAGACAAGAAUUGAUGUACCUGAAGUGGGUGAAGUGAAUUUUUACUGCACACAUCUUGAUCAUUUAGAUGAAAAUUGGAGAAUGAAACAGAUUAAUGCAAUCAUUGAGACUAAUCAUGAACCUCAUAUUUUAGCUGGAGGUCUUAAUUCCUUGGAAGAAUUUGAUUACUCUCAGGAAAGAUGGACUGACAUUGUCAAGUACUAUGAAGAUAUUGGAAAGCCAACACCGAAAACAGAGGUGAUGAGAUACUUAAAGGACAAAGAAUACACAGAUGCUAAGGAGUUUGCAGGGGAAUGUGAAUCAGUAGUCAUGAUUGCCAAAGGCCAAAGUGUACAAGGUACAUGUAAAUAUGGAACUAGGUUGGAUUACAUACUAGCAUCCCCAGCCCUGGAAUACAAAUUUGUGCCCGGAUCAUACGCAGUUUUAUCGUCCAAGGGAACAUCAGAUCAUCACAUAGUGAAGGUCGACUUAUUGAAGAUUAAUAAGGAACAAAGUAUUCAACAAAUUGCCGCCACGAAAAAGAAGCAGCAACAACCUAAUAAUAAGAAAAGAGUUGUAAGAAUAACUGCUAAUAAUUCUUCAUCAAAGGGGAUUUGGAGCACAGAUAUGAGAUAGCCUUAUUUUUCACCAUUAAUUCUUUUCUUAAUUCUUUGUAUAUAUAUAGUAUGUGUGUGUGUUAAUUCAUGUUUAAUUAUAGGACAGUACCAUAAUUAUAGUUGUUACUGUGCUAUAAUGAGCUUAAUUAUUUACAAACUUUCCCUUUUUAACUUAUUA